AUGUCAUCAGCCACUGCUCUUUCUCAAAAUGACCGUGCCGUCCUCGGCGCUCUCUUCGACCCUGAAGCCUCACUCACUGCGAACACAGUCAUCGUAGAUCAACCAGCAGCAGAGAACCCUUCUAGCCAUAUCCCGCCAUCUGUUGUCGCUGCAGAAGAAGCAGCAAUUCGUCUGCUAGACUCAACCAACCCAUCAGAGCAAGAUGUCAAGUCUGCCAUAGCAGAAUUAAACAUCAUUGUCGCCAAUCAUCCGAAAUACGCAUCAGCAUACGCCAAUCGUGCCCAAGCAUACCGGCUGCUUCCAGAUUCUGGAACAGACACAGCAAUUUUGUCAGAUAUCCUCACUGAUCUGGACACGGCUAUAUCACUCUCGAGUCCGCUCUCUCCAGUGUCACCAGUCUCGAAGCAUGAUGCAACAGUAUUGAGCCAGGCACACACUCACCGUGGCUAUCUCUUACUACGAGCAUCGACGUCUGAUUCGCAGUUUGAACAACUCAACCCUCUGCAACGUCCGCUUCUCCAAGGUGUGGCACAACGCUCGCAGCUUGAAGAGCUCGCCAGUAAAGAUUUCAGCAUUGCAGGUCGUUAUGGGAAUAAAGUGGCUCAGCAACUUGCUGUGAAGACAAAUCCGUAUGCUAAGUUGUGUGGUCAGAUUGUGAAGGAAGCUUUGCAGAGGGAGAUAAAGGAGUAUUACGAAGGUGAGGUUGUAACCACGAGCGCCUGA